UGGAUUCGGGUUACUGAAGUAAUUUAUAUUUGCGUGUAGUAUUUUUUGUUUGAAAGUUGGAAACUUAUAUAACUUGGUUUUCUGAAAUGUAUCCGACUUUUGUUACAUUUUGAUAUUUUACCUCAUUGUGUAUUGGGUCUUUUUGAUUCAGAAACCAGAUUGCUGGAAAUUAUAUACACCUUUUUGAAGUAUAUAUCUAAAUUAAUGAUAUACUUCUUAUAUAGUCUGGGAUUCAAAAAUGAUUUGUUAUUUGAUGUUUUGCAUUGAAUCAUAUGCAGUAUAAUUAUACAGGAGUUCUAAAAUUAGCAGUUUUGGACGCAAAUCACAGAGUUGUAUGGAAAGAAAAGGAUGUUAUAUACAUGUAUGUAGAAAUUGAGCAGUUUUAGAGGCUGCAACUUUUGGCAUCGUAUCUCAUAUUAAAUCCUUCAAGAGAAUUUGGAUUGAGUAGGAGACACACGAAAAACAGAUAAUCCAUAUACAACUAGUGUCUAAAGAAAGAAGUAUCGUAGCGGGAAUUUAAAGACACAGCUUGGUCAAUAAGUCGAUAUCGGGGAAUAGAGAGUGCAUGCGGAUAAUUGACGUCUUUCGGUUAUUGUCUGGAAGACAUACAGAGCUGGACAUUAUUGUGGAUGUUAACAUUCUACGUCAACAAAUUUUCGCUAUUCAUAAUAAUUAUUAUAUGUUUGAUAGAAAGUGACGUGUAUAUAAACGUAUAAAAAUCAGUGUACUUGGAGUAUUGGCAAAUUUUACAUGAAAGAAAAAUGUUGAAUUUAUUUUUAUCUACGAUGUUCCUGAACACAUUGACGCCAAAGUUCUAUGUGGCACUAACUGGCACAUCGUCACUGAUAUCCGGUCUUAUACUGAUAUUUGAGUGGUGGUACUUUAAGAAAUAUGGGACAUCUUUUAUCGAACAAGUGUCGUUAAAUCAUAUAUCUCCACUUCUGGGUGGGGAACCUGCAAAUGGCACAGAAAAUGGUAUUGGAACGACAACCAACGGAACUGCUAAUGGCAACAGUAACGGAAACAAUAACACUCAAGGACAGCAAAGUAUGCCAGAAUGUAAAGUGUGGCGAAAUCCGUUGAAUUUAUUCAGAGGAGCUGAAUAUUUACGUUUUACAUGGAAGGCAAAUAAAGACCCAUUGACGUAUUAUGACAUGAACCUUUCGGCACAAGAUCAUCAGACGUUCUUUACAUGUGAUGCUGAUGCCGGAAAACCGGAAUAUGAAAUAAUGCAGACAGCCUGGAGAGAAAGAAAGCCCCAAGCAAGAAUAAAGGCUGCAAAUGAUGCCCUAGAGAAAAACCCAGAAUGUUCAACAGCCUUGAUAUUACUAGCCGAAGAGGAUGCUUCCACUAUUGUUGAUGCCGAGAAAUUAUUUAAACAAGCCUACAAAUAUGCUGAGGUUCAGUAUAAAAAGUCGCAACAAACACAACAUCAAGGUUCAACACAGGAAGCUAUUCACAGACGAGAUACAAAUGUUAUGGUGUAUGUUAAACGAAGGCUUGCCAUGUGUGCUAGAAAGUUGGGUCGAGUACGGGAGGCUGUUAAACUCAUGAGAGAGAUAAUGAAGGAGUUUCCCAUGCUCAGUAUGUUUAAUAUUCAUGAAAACCUUAUAGAGGCCUUAUUAGAACUACAAGCUUAUGCCGACGUUCAAGUUGUACUGGCUAAAUAUGAUGAUAUCAGCUUACCAAAGUCAGCAACAAUAUGUUACACAGCCGCACUACUCAAAGCCAGGGCUGUAGCAGACAAAUUUUCGCCUGAUAUAGCCAGUAAAAGAGGUUUAAGUACAGCAGAAAUGUCGGCAGUAGAAGCAAUACACAGAGCUGUAGAGUUCAACCCUCAUGUACCUAAGUACCUUUUGGAAAUGAAGAGUCUCGUAUUACCACCAGAACAUAUCUUAAAGCGGGGAGACAGUGAGGCCCUGGCAUAUGCAUUUUUUCACUUACAGCACUGGAAGCGGGUAGAGGGCGCUCUCAAUCUUCUACACUGCACAUGGGAAGGAACAUUUAGAAUGAUACCAUACCCAUUGGAGAAAGGUCACCUGUUCUACCCAUACCCCACAUGUACAGAAAGUGCUGACAGAGAACUUCUUCCGGUUUUCCAUGAGGUAUCAGUGUACCCCAAGAAGGAACUGCCUUUCUUUAUCCUCUUUACAGCUGGAUUGUGCUCAUUCACAGCCCUUCUUGCUCUACUCACACAUCAGUAUCCAGAACCCAUGGGUAUUAUUGCUAAAACCGCUGUAACCUGGAUCUACAUGCCAGUCAGCUACGUGUUGGAGAAACUAGAAGCAAUAUUACCAUCAAACCUGUUCCAACAACUGUCUCGUAUUUAAACCUCCCGAUUUCACGCUUGAUGUGAGAAAUAAAGUUUAGGCUACUGUUGUACACAUUAUAAGCUAAACUGUACUAUCACAAAACUGUAGAUCAUGUUUUAUUUGUUACAGUAAAUAUUUCUUUUUCAGUAGUGAGGUUGUGAUUUCAUAUAUGUGUGGAUACUUGUACCCUUCAUUCUUUAAAGGUUCUGACCUCCAGAUCGUACAACAACAACAAAAAAAUGUUUUACUAUCAGGAAAUUAUUGCUAUAUUUCUUAAGAAUGCUUCAGAAUUAAGUUACUGACAGAUUAUAUGAUAUGUAAACACAGAAGAAUUACUUGUUUUUACUAUUAAUACUACUUUCUAAUUAGUUUGUAACGGAGUACCGGAGGUAAACUGCCCUAAUUAUAAAUCUUUAUAUUUAAUGGCCAUUAAGUAUGUAUUCCUCAGUUGUGUAUUGUUAAAGAGCACAGGAAAGCUUUGAUUUGGCAUUUCUAAGAUAGCUUAGAAAUAAAAACUUGUGUUCAAAUGUUCAUAAUAUGACCAGACCAGUUUUAAAGAAAGAUCAUUUUUAGCUAAAAUCCGGAGGUUAGUGCCUUUUAUUCAGUAUGCAUCUAAAGUGUUAAAAAUUUGGAACAUUACACAAUAUUUAUACUGUGUAGUAAUAUGCAAGGUUAAUUACUUGUAUAAACCAGAUCUGAAGUUUCAAAGGUACUGAUUUAUAUAAAGGGGGCAACAACAGUGAAAUCAUUUAUAUUCAUGGGGGACUAAUUUUCAUGGAUUCCCUGGUUGGGUUAAUCUGUAAUAUUAAAUCCAAAUGAAUAAGUAAAAUUCCCAUUCAUUUUUUUCUUCAGAAGUUGAAAUCUGCAAAGUCUUAUAUCAAUAAGAAAUAGCAAGGUUUUUUUUUUUUUUUAAUGAAACUGCAAAAUUUGGUGCCCAUGGAAUUAUAUUAUUUCACAGUUCAUUAAAUUAAGGACAAUAUUUAACAUACACUUACUAUGUGUAAAAAUUCACUACACUUAUGCAUACACAUAGACAUAUUGAGAUCAGAACCUCUCUGUUACUUAUUUUUUUAUUUUGAUAGAUGUUACAAGUAAUACUUUUCUCAAAAAUAUUAUUCAGUCUUAAUACAUGGUUUAGUUUAUUGUUUUGGCAAGUAUUGGUACAGUAAUUUCCUUGGCAAAACCAUGACAUUUAAAAUCCUAUAAAAAAAAGGUCAUCAGCUAUAUAAACUUGUCUUCAAGGAAAGCCAGGUUUCAAAUAAAACAUUAACUACAGUAUUUUAUAGUGUGCUUUGAUAAGAGUGAUCUGAAAAUUUUGUUUCAUCUAUACACUGUAUAGAAGACAUUGUAUAGAAUACUGUGUAUUUAUCACACAAAAACUAACUUGGAAUGACUUUUUAUAGUGAACAAUAACUCUUUGCUUGAUAGGACGUUUUUUAAAGAACACAGAUUCGAAUGACUUAGUUUUGGUUAACAUGCACCAAGGUUGUGUAUUAUCACAUGAUUUAACACUUAUGCCUUUGACUAGGAGUCAGGAUGUUGCAUACAGAAACUGGUCUGAUUUGUUGGUGAAGUUUAUAUUGAGGUGAUGGAGGUAUUACAAAAUGCAACUGAAGUUCCCAGUGUACUAAUGGUAACUUCCAAAUAAAAAGUGAAAAUGAAGUUUCUAAUGUGACACUAGUCAGCUGUUUUUUACUUUCUGAUACAGUAGAUCGUCACUACUCUUUCCCAGAAUGCAACUCUUUCAGUCCAUAAUACAACAUUGGUCUUUCCCAUUAUGCAGCUAUUGUAUUCCGUAGGAUGUCAUAGGUCUUUCCCAUAAGGAAAGUAUUGUCCAAAAUGCAUCAUUGAUUUUUCCCAUAAUGCAGUAGUUUCUGAUGUAGUGCAUAAUGCCACAUUAGUCUUUCCCAUAAUGCAUCUACUGCAAUUUAAUACAGUUGUAGGAGUCUACAAUGAAACAUAAAUCUUUUCCAUGAUUUUUCUAGUGUAUUAUAUGUGUUAGAUAUGGCGAAGUUCUUCUUUGAGUUUGGAAGAUGUCUGUUUCAGCUUUCACUUAGCUCAGCCAAGAAAUUUUGAGUUCCAUCUCAUGGUGCAGCUUAUGUUCAUUUUUCGUCCACUUCGGAGUCCUGUGGAGAAGUAAGUUACUUGCAGUUAGUAUUGGUACAAAAUCAAUGAACGCUGGCUAGAUUAUGACCAUCAUUGCGUAGUUAAAUAUUUUGAAAACCCGUCAAAUUAUUUCAGCAUUGGCCACAUCUUACAUAAACUGCUUAUUAGUUUCAUUGAAGAUCUCUUCUAUUGCAGAGAGCAAACUAGUCACUCAAAUUUAAGCAUCGUGUAUUUUCAUGAGUCUGUCCAUAACAUUUAACAUUUUCAUCAUGGCAAAGGUAGUAGAGGACAGAUUAUUUAAAAUUUAUUCAACCUUUCAUAAUAUUUACACUCAUUCUACCAUUCACUAUAGUCACUAUAAAAAGGGUAAGGGAAUUUGAAGUAAAAAUGACAUGAAACUUUUUUCUUUUAAGUUAUAGCAAUAAAUGAAUAUUCUGCGUACACAAGAUUUACUUUUCUUUUGGUGAUAAUUCUUUUAAUCAUAUUUGUUAUGCAGUUGUCAGCAAAAAUUACGUAUGAUUAUACCAUGGAAGACUGCUAUUUUUUUAUUUUUUUUUGAAAAGUUUGUGUAGAACAGUAUACAUGCAAGUUAUCGUUUACAAUUGUGACAUAUUUAAAAAAUGUAGAAUAGUCUGUUCCAUUUAAUAUUUAAAUCUUUAUUGGUAAGGAGCCUUUCUUUGUUAAAUUGUGAAAGAAUAGAUCUUUGAAAUCAGUAGAUCUGAUAAACAUAAGGCAAUGUUUUUUUAAGAAGAUAAUAUUGGAAAAGAGUCACAAUUUUUUUUUUUUUCUCAUAGGCCAUAAUGCAAAUAGACUUUAUAUUGAUCUUUUAUCUUGGUCUAAAUUAGGACAAAUCUGACUGUUUCAUUUAUGUACUUUAACGUCUCUUAGUGAGAGUCUACAAAGGGUACUUUUCAUUCAUAAAUACAGCCAUGACAUAUUUAAUACUUGUGGAAAUAUAUGUUUAUUUUUCCUGACGAAGCAGAAAAGACAUCUGAAUAUUACGUUUUAAGUUUGUUUUUAUCAUUCAGAAAUGAUUAUUUGUAUGAAACAUGAUGAACAAAGAAAGAAUUUGAGUCUGUUGCAAUGUAAACUGUGAAGAAGAAUUAUUUUAAGAAGAAAUGUUGAUUUUCAGCAGAAGUAGGUGCAGCAUUGAAUCAUUUAUUGUUCUCUGUAUGUAGAUGAUGUUAACACUGAGAUUCUGACUUUAGUUUGGGAGGUGGAAAUAAAAAAAGUACUGCCAUUG